AGUAUGGUCAAAACACUAUCUCUAAAAAGUAUAAUUCAAAAUCUCAUGAAAAGCGAAGAGACGAAGUUAAAAAACGUGAGAAAGUUCUUGAAGCUAUUCACAACAUUUUCCAAGCUGAAAGGAUUGAUGAUAAACUGUUCAUCAAAUUUAAUGGUGGAAUGAAAGGAGAAAUACAUCUCGCAUUGAAUGAUUUGCUUCGUCAACAACUUCCAGGUUGGUUGGUGCUAAAUGAUGUGGUAUCGGUAGUUAAUCGUAAUAAAUUUAGACCUGACAUAGGGGGAUGGAACAUACGACCAACGCGUCAGCAAAAGAUUGCACCUAUUAUUAAUUCAUCACCACCUCCUUUAUUAUGGAUCGAGAUGACUAGUGAUCAUGAUCACUCAUUACAUAAGAUUUCAUAUGUUCAACCAUAUUGCUCAAACACUGAAUUUGUAUUAAUUGUUAUUCCUUUUGGGACAUCACCCUUUCAAACAAAUCCAAAUCCUGACGUUGAUUCAGUUGUAGCUACAGUGCCAAAGGCAACUCGUCCCUCAAGAGUGCUAUAUCUUGGUCAUUGGGCUGUAGCAGAUUCGGAUAAAUUAAUAUCUAAUCUUGGAUGUAUUAAGAACAAUAAAGGUGUGAUUUUAAAAGGAAAUGUUUACAAAAGAAGUGGUUUUAUACGGAUUGAUUUAAGAAUCAAUAGUAUUCAUACAUCAGUUAGUGUCCAUAUCUUAGUUGCACAAGCUUUCAUCUCUAACCCAGAAAAUAAACCUUACGUUAACCACAUUAAUGGCAUCAAAUAUGAUAAUCUGGCUGUUAAUUUAGAAUGGGUAACUCCUAAGAAAACAUUGGAUGAGAAUGUUAUUCAAAUUUGGAAUUCUAUUUAUCUUGCAGACAAUAUACUUAAAAUCACAGGAAAUAGCAUUUCAGAAUUUUGUAGUGGAAAGCAAAAUACUGCCAGUGGACGAAGAGUUCAAUUAACCAAUGGUUUGAUUAUUCAUAAAUCAUUAUAUGCAGGAUAUUAUCGAAUUGGUUAUGUUCACAAAUAUCACAUUCACUGUUUGGUAACAUUAGCAUUCUGUCCUAAAGAA